CUCAUUAUUUUUAAAGGCAGCGAGCUCUUAUAAUUUCUACUACCACAUUCACAUCUCUCGAGAGCACAUAAGCGAGUUAGCUUAUGGCAUUCAAGAACAACCUUUUAGUGUGCACACCAUUAGAAUGUGAGACAGCAGGAGAAAUGCUGUCUUCCAUGAAGAGAGCAGAGACUGAGGGUGCAGACCUUACUGAGCUCCGCCUUGACUCCUUGUCAUUCUCUCACAGUUCCGAGGUCGAGAAGCUCAUUAAACAGAGAACUUUGCCUUCUAUAGUUUCUUUCAGGCUCGAGCCAUCAAGGAUCUCAAGCAACAAAGACAGGAAGAAUACAUGUUUACAAGUACUGAGACUGGCUUUCGACUUGAACGUCGAGUUUGUUGAAAUGGACUACGAGGUGGCUUCUGAAGAUGUCAUGGCUGAAUACGUGUACAAUCGUUCCAAUACCAAAUUAAUUGUAUCCAGCUACGUUAAUGGUAGGAAACCUUCAGCUGAGGAACUUGGUUAUUUAAUCGCUUGUAUGCAGUCUACUGGAGCUGAUGUUCUUAAACUAGUACUCGACGUUGAAAAAAUCACAGAUUUGGCACCUGUUUUCACGAUGCUUACACAUUGCCAGAUCCCCUUAAUUGCUCUCGCGGUUGGCAGUAGAGGCCUUAUAAGCCAGCUGCUGGGGCCGAAAUUUGGUGGGUUUUUGGUCUAUGGAUCUCUGAGUGACAAAGCAGUACCAGGCAUGCCAACUCUGUUAAGUCUUAGACAAAUUUAUAAGCUUGAAUAUAUAAAUGCAGACACAAAAGUUUUUGGUCUCAUUUCAAAUCCAGUUGGCCAUAGCAAAGGUCCUGUUCUGCACAACCCUGCAUUUAGACAUACUGGAUAUAAUGGAAUUUACGUUCCAAUGCAAGUGGAUGAUGUGAAAGAAUUCUUUAGGACCUAUACGAGCAGUGACUUCGCGGGUUUCAGUGUUGGAAUCCCACAUAAGGAAGCAGCAGUGGGGUGCUGCGAUGAAGUCCAUCCACUUGCUAAGUCCAUAGGAGCUGUAAAUACUAUUGUAAGGAGGCCUACUGAUGGGAAGCUGGUUGGUUAUAAUACAGAUUGCGAUGCUUCUAUCUCUGCGAUAGAGGAUGCUCUCACAGAAAGACGGAUUACCCACAAGGGAGUAUUGGAAGCUUCACCUCUAUCUGGGAAAACUUUUGUGUUGAUUGGAGCAGGAGGAGCAGGAAGAGCGCUUGCUUUUGGGGCCAAAAGCAGAGGGGCUCGGGUGAUUAUUUUCAAUCGCAAUUAUGAGAGAGCAAGGGCUCUUGCAAAAGCAGUUUCAGGGGAAGCUCUACCAUAUGAAAGUCUAGACAGAUUUCGUCCAGUUAAUGGGAUGAUCCUUGCAAAUGCUUCUGCCAUUGGAAUGGAACCAAAUUCAGAUCAAAGUCCUGUCUCGAAGGAGAUCUUAAAGGCGUGUGAAUUGGUAUUUGAUGCUGUUUACACGCCCCGGAAUACAAGGCUCUUGCGGGAGGCUAAAGAGGUUGGGGCUGUCGUGGUGAGCGGGGUGGAAAUGUUUAUUAGACAGGCUCUUGGGCAGUUCAGACUGUUCACCGGCGGCUUAGCUCCGGAGGCAUUCAUGCGCAAGCUUGUCUUGGAGCAAUUUUGAUUGUACAUCCAACCAUGCUCAGUAAAAUUUCUGUAAAUGUGAGUUUCUUCAAGGAUACAAGUAAUAAAACAGUGAGGAUUCUUGUGAGCUUUCCAUCUAGGGUUGAGGUCGAAGCACCUGAAGGGCUUCAGCUAGAAUCGCUGACCAUGCUUCUCCCUAGAAUCACCUAAAGCAGAAGGCAUUCAGAAGCUAUGUUUCUCUCUGAUUCUAGAAAUAAAAGGAUGAAACUCACACACAAUUUCAAAGCUUUUAUCAAGCGGUGUAGUAUCAGAUUUGUAACAAAUCAAUCAACACUUGCUAUGAAGAAAGUGAAGAAUGUAUGUAUCUUGAAAUAUCUCCUACAGUCACCGUUGUGUAAAAUAGCUGCAAUCUGUACCUUUGGAUGGGCGACCAUUACAUAUGUAUCUACAUAAUAAUGAUGCAGCAUCGCCUUAUGUUUUAUACCGAA